UAUCUGUGAGUCUGCGAGUGUGUGUGCGGGCUGACUGGCUGGCUGACUAGCGCUUGGCAGCCUGCUGCCUGCUUCUUGAGCACCGAGCAGUUUAUUUGUGAUUUCAACACGGCGCAGCGAGGUCCACGUCGCUUUGUCGCUCCGUGCUCGCUGGCCAGAUCCAAUUCGAAAACGACGUAAACGCCAGCCGUAAUCUAGCGCGCGUAAUUCAAAGUUAUCAACCCAGAGAGUUUCAACGCAAAGUGCAUCAAGUGAAACAGCCAGUUUUAAAUAGUAUUCAACUACAAAUUAGCAACAGAAUAGAUAAAUAUUAAGAGGUGAACAAAAUAUCCGAGGAUCUCCAAAACAUAAACAGAGUGACAAGAGUGACAGUGCCCAGUAUGCCAUCCCUUUGUGAUUGUGAUUCGGCCGCCUUGGGCCGCUCCUCCGCCUUUCGCCCGUCCCGUUGUCCCUUGGGACACCUGCUGGUCGCCCUCUGAGACCGCCCAGCAUCAGCAUCGCCGCCCACUCACUAACUGAACCAAGGAGCGCGGCGACAGAGAGACAGAGAUCACAAGAUCGCACAUCCUGAAGAUAGACUUCAACGCGAACAUUUUUUUUCGUUCCGAUCCAUUUGGAUACAAACGUUGUGAAACCUAGAACGGCCCAGCCGAAAAUGUGCACUGAGGUGAAUUCCGCCAUGGGUCUUCAAGCAACAGCCGCCACGAAGCGGAAGCAUGAGCUGACCUUUGACAGCAAGGAUGCCAACACCACCUACACGGGCACCUGCGCCCCGCCCCCCGUCAAGGCCAACAAGUGGGCCAUCAGCAACAACAACUACCUGGAGUCGCUCGAGCAGCAGCAACAGCAGUCGGAACCUGCCACAGCAGCAGCCAUCGAGUCCAACAAUAACCACAUCGUAGUGGACGUAGCCAUGGAUGCGGCAACAACGAAGUCUCCAACGGAGUCCAGUAUUAGCAAUGGUACGGAAGUUACUAGCCAGCUCAAGAGCCAAGCGGAGGUGCCCCUGCCUCCCACGGCGAGUGCAGCGAUUCCGGAGGACAGCAUCGCCAAGUUGGAGGUUGUGGCUGCCUCUGCCCUUCCUUGCGAGCCGUGGGCCGGAUCGGGAGCUGGAUCCACGCCGUCGGUGGCGUCGUCAUCUGAACCUGUGGACUGCAUCUCCAAGCUGCAAGCAGUGGCAGUGCCCAGUGAUCCAUGGGGCAGCAUUGCCACCCGAUCCACGCUCGCAACAACGCUUCUGAGCGCCGACGAACUUGAUGACGAUGACGAUGACUUUGAGGACGACUAUGAGGAGGAGGAGAGCAUCAUACCCACUUACUGUCCCAUGAGAUACCACCCCUUUGUGCCGCACCCCCACUCGCACCCUCACCAGCUGCCGCCGCAUCCCCUCCAGCAGCAACAGCAGCAGCAGCUCACGCAGCAGCAGUUAUCCCAGCAGCAACAUCCUCAGCAGCAACGGGGCUAUGCACCCGGCUACCCUGGUAGUCGCCAGCCCAACUACUACUCGGAGCCCUUCCCGCAGCAAAACUGCUCGCGUACGGGAGGACCGCAACACAUGACGCAGCAGGCACCACCGACGCCCCAACAGGCGCGAGGAUUUGCGCCACCUCAGUGGGCUACGGCUGGGGCGGGACCCAACCCGGCGAACCCCUCGGCUGCCAGCCAGCAAUUCUACGAAGCCACCAAUGGGAGCAACUACGUUCAGACUGCGGCGCCGCAGCAAACCAUCCGCUGUGCGGAAAAUGGCAAGUCCUAUUUGGAUCUCGGCUGUAGCAGUGGCAAUGCCGGAUCACCAGCCACCGCCGGCGGACCUCCAAGCAGUCCGCCGCCCUCCUCGGUCCCCUCGGUCGCCCCCUUCGCCGGCCUGCCCCUGCACGGCUUGCCGCUGAAGCGCUGCUGCGAUGGUAGACCCGGUAGCUGGUGCAAUGCCAACCGGAGCUGCUAUAAGGACACGCGGCUGAAGAUACGCAACCUGUCCAUGUUCAAGCUCUCCCGCUUCCGGCAAGUGUCCGAGCAGUCACUCUACCGUUCGGUGCUGAUAUGCAACACUCUGAAGCGGAUCGAUAGGGAGAUCGAGGCGGAGGCCAAGGAGCUGCACCAGGCAGCACAGCAGCACCACCAGCAGGCGGCGGCAGCUGCCGCGGCCGCUGCAGCAGCGGCAGCUCAAGCAGCGCAAUACCACCCGGCCUACCAGCAGCAGCAACAGCAAUCUGCGCCAGUGCCCCUGCAUCCGCAUCCUCAGCAGCAGCAGCAAAUGGACUAUGCUCCUGUGCUCAACUGUGCCAGGUUGGCCAACAUGGACCACUACCAGCAGCUCAGUUUCCAGUCCCAGCCUCAGCAGCAGCAGCAGCAACAGCAACAACAGCAGCAGCAGCAUGGUUACCACGAACGUCUGGAGCCCGCCUACAGGGGAGUGGCUGCGGGGCCAGGAGCGGGAGCGGGUGGAGCUGGAUUCCCCACGCAGACCGGCAACUGUGAUAACUCCGCAGGGUCGAGUAGCUCGAACAGCAAUCCCUCCUCGGCGGCAGGAACUGCGGCAUCGACUAGCAGUAGUUUGCACCCCUACGAUCACUAUCCCUUUCGGGAGUCGCAAUCAGGACGAGCCACGCCCUUUCCCACCUGUCCCACCACCACGGCAGCAGCAGCAGCAGCUACGGCGGCGGCAGCAGCAGCUGCUGUCACAGCAGCUUCAGUCAGCCUGAGCAACACCAGCAGCCACUCCACUCCCAGCAGCAGCAGCAGCAACUCCAUCACCACUAGUAGUGGAAGCAGUGCCUCCAACAGUGGCAGCACCUCCAUGCCCUCCAGUUCCAGCAGCAAUAACUGUGACACCAGCGACUCCGGCUACGCGGACGACGACUCCACGCGAUCUAUCAACUGGAGCUCGGUGCUGAGCUUGAGCUCGCAGUCGGCGCUGGAUCCGUUGAACAACAAUGAUCUGUUCAGCAUACUGCCGGCGGCGGCCAGCCCCACAGCAGUCCCGGUCUCGGUGGUUUCCACCAGCAGCGGAGCCAGUUCGGCCUCCGCCUCCACCUUGGCUUUCAGCGGCAGCUUCACUACGGUGCAGGCGAGCAGCAACAGCAGCAGUGGCAGCAGUGGGUCCAGCAGCUCCACCACGGCCACCUUCACCACCCUGUCGACCAUCUCGUCCGCCACCCACUCCCUGACCUCGUCUUACGUGAGCAGCAUCAGCUCGAAUGUUUCGGCGGGCGCUAAUACCUGGGAGUACGGCUUCCUGGACAUGGAGUUCGGACUGGGAUCGGAGUUCACGGAGCUGGUGCCCAGCUGCAAGCUCAGCUCCGAGGAGCUGUUCAAGAGUGGCCUAGGCGGCCCGGUGGUGACUGCCUCGCGGUUGCACGACAACGAGCUGGAGCAGCCGGCCCACAUAAUGGUCGGCAGUUAGUAUCAGUUGUAGGUCUCGUCCGGGUCGCCUCCGGGCGUCCACUAGCAAUUCCACGCAGUAUUGAGAUAAACGCAGAUAGGGGGUUGGGAGGGGUAAAAUGCUCAGGUUGUGAACGUGCAUGAAAUUAUCCUUAAUCCGUUGUCCUUAUACCUCUCCCACCCCCAGACCUUGCCCCUAUGCCAUUGUCCCCGAUGAAAGCAAUCCGAUGGUGACACAAAAUAAAUGCAAUUUAAUGUGAAAAUCGUAAGAAGUUUUAAGAAAAAACACAUACAAUGAUAAUGACAAAUGAGCAAGCAAAACUAUUAGCAAAUUUUGUAAGUGUAAAUAUUGUUAGUUUUAAGGCAGAGCAGCGAAAACGAAAACUCCUAGAACUAAGAUUGAAACGGAAGCAAAAACAGAAAAUCUAUACUAGUUUUUAGCUUUGUUAGUUGCAAUUGUUGCAGUUUUUCGAUUCCACACCACAUAAAAACCUAACAACAACGUCAAAACGAACAAGAACAAAUUUAAUUAAACAUCCAGAUCAAUUAACAAAAAUUAUGUUUUGGCAAAAGCAGAAGAGUUCACACACGACGAAGCAAAACAUGGCAGCAAACAAAAAUGAUGAAAAAUCGAAAAACGUUUACUAUAUUACUAGCCAUAAGUAUUAUUAUUUAUACACAAAACCGCAAAACCAACAAAAGAACAACUUAAAACCAAGUUUUAUAAAAGAAAA